CUCAUGAAAGCUGAGUAGACAUCAGCAUGAGACGCUGUCUAUUUAUACGCUUCAUCAACAUGAAUACACACACAAAAUUGAGAUAAUGAUGAGCAACAGAAGAUGGUGCCCUACUCCAGAGCAGCUGAUGGUGCUGGAGGAGCUCUACAGAAGAGGCCUCCGCAGCCCCAACGCCACCCAGAUACAGAAGAUCACCGCCCACCUCUCCCUCUACGGCACCAUCCAGGGUAAAAGCGUCUUUUACUGGUUCCAGAACCACAAGGCCCGCGACCGCCAGAAACUCCGCCACCACCACUUCUACCAAUCCUUCCUUUUUCAUCAGGGUAGUAAUGGAGUAGUGAUGCGGCCGACAUGGAGGUCACCUUGGUCGGUGCGAAGGAACGGCCAUGAUUCCGCGAUGAUAAUGGAGAAGGGGCCCAUCCCCACCCCGAGGAGCCAGCCCCUCCAAACCCUAGAACUCUUCCCCCUCACUCCACCUACUGCUGCAAAUCAUCCAUCUUGACCGUUGGAUCCACCAUCAUCACUCUCUCUUUUUCUCUAGAGUUGGCUGGAUCAGGAUGAGCUAAGAUAUAUAUGCAUGUCCUGAUGCAAGGUGUGUUUGUGUGUCUUAGUUUUGGGUGUUUGUGUUUCUUCAGUUAUGUGUCUGUAGACUUCCCAAAUAUGCUUAAAUGUCCAAUAGUUGCAGCGAGGAGUACUCCCUCUUUACUGCAGUCUCUUAUCUUCUGUUUGCUACUCUUCCUCCACUUUUCACUACUGUCUCCUAUUUCCCAUAUCAGAAUUUGCAGAAUCUUUUUUUAUUUUACACCAUUGUGU